CUCCCCCAGACUCGGGCUCCCCGCGUCCCUCACACUGUCUUCCCGAAGGCGCCUUCAGCCCGACCUCCCCAGCCUCCGGGGCGCAAAUGAAUCCUCCUGACCUCGCUCCCGGCUCACGGACACGAUGACUCCUACCAGACCCCGCGUGCUCUGCCCCGAGGCCGCGGUCUCUAGGACACUUCUCCUCGGCUGGGUCCUGGUCCAGGUGGCCGGAGUCUCAGGCACUACAGGUGUCGUGGUAGCAUAUAAUUUAACUUGGAAAUCAACUAAUUUCAAGACAAUUUUGGAGUGGGAACCCAAACCCAUCAAUACUGUCUACACUGUUCAGAUAAGCCCUAGGUUAGGAAAUUGGAAAAGCAAAUGCUACGCCACAACAGACACCGAGUGUGACCUCACUGAUGAGAUUGUGAAGGACGUGAAGCAGACAUACUUCGCGAGGGUCCUCUCCCUCCCGGCAAACGCCAACAGUUACGCUGGGGAGCCCAUGUACACAAACUCCCCCGACUUCACACCUUACGUGGAGACAAACCUCGGACAGCCAACAAUUCAGAGUUUCAACCAAGCCGACACAAAACUGAAUGUGACCGUACGGGAUGCUCGGACCUUAGUCAGAGGGAAUGGCACAUUCCUAAGCCUCCGGGACGUCUUUGGCGAGGACUUAAGUUACAUACUUUAUUAUUGGAAAGCUUCAAGCACAGGAAAGAAAACAGCCAAGACAAACACUAAUGAGUUUUUGAUUGAUGUGGAUAAAGGAGAAAACUACUGUUUCAAUGUUCAAGCAGUGAUUUCAUCACGAAGGGCUAACCAGAAGAGUCCAGAAAGCCCCACUGAGUGCACGAGCCAGAAGAAAGGCGUGUCCAGAGACAUGUUCUUCAUCAUCGGAGCGGUGGUGCUCGUGGUCAUCACCUUCAUCGCCACCCUGUCCCUGAGUCUGCACAAGUGCAGGAAAGCCAGAGCAGGGCGCAGCGGCAAGAACGCCCCCUUCGGUGUCGCAUAAAGCACGUGGCGUCGGAGCUGCCGACUUCUGCAGAGUUUACAUUGCACUGUGACCAAGACCUUUUACGAGAAAGGAUAUAUGGAAACAAAAAUGAAUGUUUUGGAGCAUGGAGACCCUUGGGCCCAAAGAAAGUUCUUUAUCUGACUGUUCUCACGAUUAGCAUUCUGGUUUCAACACCAGCACAAGUCACUUUGGAAUGUAAUGAACGGUACACCCAAUUCCAAGUUUUUUAAAUUUCUUUUUUUUAACACUAUGGCACCUUUUGCACAUAUCAUGCUUUAGACUUUAUGUUCUAUACUCAAGAUGAAAUUAGGUCAUCUAAGCAAAAACAAAUGAAAACAUGCCUUAAAAAGUUCUGGGUGGACUUUUGGAGAACUUUCAAGAGGCUGACUUCAGAUAUGUGGGAGAGUAAAAUGGAAAUUGGGUGGACUUUUCUAAAAUAAGUCUGUCCUUUCUAAAUGUGGUGUUUAGGUUCUCUUUUCUUUUUAAGAGUUCUUUUGGAGGUUCAAAGCAGUCAGCAAACCUUUGCAUGACUAUGUUCAAUGCAGGAGACUUCUACUUCGGGUACGUUCCUAACUCAUGACGGUUUAGCACUUUGAAAUGCUGUUGACAGCUAGCUAUAUUUUUAUAAGACUACUAUACAAACUACAUAAAGUAUAUGAUUUAAGGUACUUCAAGCUUAUAUGGUCAACAUUGUAUAUAUUUAUGUGAUAUUUUUAAAUGUUAUUUGUCGAUAAUAUUACAGAUACCCCCCAAUAUCUCCCCUUUACUCCCUUUAUCCCAGCCCCUGCCCCACCCCAGGCUAUUUAUAUACAUUUUUAAAGGUUUUGUAUGUGAGGGUUUUCUAUUUAUAGAGGUAAUAUAGUUCUGUUUGUAUAUACUGAGAUAAUUUAUUUAAUAUACUUUUAUAUAAAUAAAGGUG